AUGUCUGGCACGCCAAGCGUCAACUCUGCCAUUGAGCAGAAGGGUGAACGUCUCAAUGUCGACGACAAGUCUGCAGCCUCUAGCUCAAAGCAGGCUGCCUCGGCAGAGGUCUGGGCAGUUGGAGGCUCGGCGGAGCUGUACGAGCCGAUCCCAGAGUACGAGGGCCGACAUCGCUACGACCCAAAGGCAGAAUGGUCCGAGAAGGAGGAAAAGAAGCUGGUGAAGAAGCUUGACUAUAGAAUCUGCUGCUGGGUCUGCUUGAUGUUUUUCGCGUUGCAACUAGACCGCGGCAACAUUACGCAAGCGAACUCCGACAACAUGCUCGCUGAUCUCGGUCUCUCAACGAACCAGUACAACUAUGGCAUGACAAUCUUCUAUCUCUGCUUUCUCUGUGCCGAACUGCCCUCACAGAUGCUAUCGAAGAAGCUCGGCCCAGAUGUAUGGAUCCCCAUUCAGAUGGUCCUGUGGAGUACUGUCGCCAUCUGCCAGUGUGCCAUCAAGGACCAGACAGGUUUCUACGUGACCCGGGCGCUGCUCGGUCUCAUUGAAGGCGGCUUCAUUCCGGAUGCCAUCCUCUACCUCUCGUACUUCUACACGAGCAAGGAACUGCCCGUCCGUCUCAGUUGGUUCUACGUCACGAGCAACGCAUUCACUCAAACGAUUGCGGCUUUCCUUGCAUUCGGUAUUCUGCACUUGCGAGGUACGGGAGGCUGGGAGGGUUGGCGGUGGCUGUUCGCCCUUGAAGGUGGUUUGACAGCAGUGAUCGGCAUUCUCUCUUGGUUCUAUCUCCCACCAAGUCCGACUCAGAGUGCUGGUGGACUACGGGGCAGUGAUGGCUGGUUCUCCGAGCGGGAAGAGAUCAUCAUGGUUAAUCGCAUCCUGAGAGAUGACCCAAGCAAGGGUGGAAUGCACAACCGACAAGGCCUGACUUUGAAGCUGCUGUGGUCGGCUCUCUGCGAUUGGGACCUUUGGCCGAUUUAUCUCUACGGCUUUACACUUCUCAUCCCAGUUCAGCCGGUCACAGCGUACAUGACGCUCAACCUGCGAGCGCUUGGGUUCGACACAUUCCAAACCAACCUACUGACUGUCCCGGCAUAUGUCCUCUUCUUUAUCCAACUGAUAGGCUGGACUCAGUUCUCAGAGCGCUUCAACAACCGUUUCUUCACCAUUUUCAUUUACUCCGUUUGGAUUUAUCGUACCGAUGACGCACCCCUUUACCGCCGUGGAAACAAGGCCCUCCUUACUAUCACUGCCUGGAAUGCUGUGUUUGCCUGGAUGAUCAAAGGCUACUACAUGUGGAGAAAUAAGAAGCGGGAUGAUGUUUGGAAGAACAUGAGUCAACAGGAGAAGGACAAUUACUUAGCAACGACAAAAGAUGAGGGAAGCAAACGUUUGGAUUUCCGAUUUGCUCAUUAG